UACUAAAGUGAAAUCUAUGGUAGAAUGGUAUUGUACUUUCGUACAUGUUACAACAUUAUAUUCAUAACUUACCUGCGAUUAUAGUUUUAGUUAUAUUGUUAUAGUUCGUAUAUUCAAUUUUCUACUUUGGAAUCAUACAAAAUAUGUAUACAUUAUAACAUUAAAUAUGUGGUUACUAUUAAUUGCUUCAGUUAUUAUGAUAUAGUAAAAUAUUUUCCACAAUUCGUUGUGAACAUGAAAAGUAUAACCACAAUUCGUCUCCUAGGAAGUUUUACAUUAGCCUGCUGUAGUGCAGCAUUUACAACUUUAUUGUACAAUUAUUUCCACCAAGAAGAAACAGAAGUGUUAUUUUUUUAUGGAACUCUGCCACUUUGCAAUCUUCACCGAAAUAUAACAACUAUAACAACCACGAUUCAAAACAAUGAGUGCUUUCAGUGCAAACUAAACAUAAUUAUUGGAUGGCUGAACAAAUCAAAAAAAACUUUGGACAUCUGUAUGUACAUGUUAAAUCAUGAAUUGCUGUCAAAUGCAGUUAUUGAUGCUUAUAAGCGUGGAGUUAGUGUCAGGAUAAUUCUAAAUGAAGAUAAUCUCCAAACUACAUGGAAAAUGGGUAAUAUAGGUAUCUUAAAAAGAGUUAAUAAAGGUAAACAUAAUGAACAUUUAAUGCACCACAAGUUUGUUAUUAUUGAUAACAAAAAAGUGAUCUUGGGAUCUCUGAAUUGGACUAAAGUGUCUGUUCGAGCAAAUUGGGAAAAUAUAUUCAUUACAAACAAUUGCGAAUUAGUUAAUCCAUUCAGACAAGAAUUCCAAAGGUUAUGGAAACAAUUUAAUUAGUUAUAGAACCAUUUGUUAUAAAUUAUAAUUUAUAAAAUGUACAAUUUAUUAUAAU